UUCCUGUAGUUAUAGAUUCUGUAGGUAAAGCCUUGUUGAUUGGAAUCUAAUGUGAGUAGUAGUCGAACGAGUCACGCUUGAUGUUGCCUUGGUUUUGAGCUGAAUCGCCUCGUGCCAGUUGCUUGAGCAAUUUCAAGAAUUAUAUUUUCAUGGAAGAAAAUAUAGAGGAGAAGCUGAAGAGUCAGCUUCAUCAGCUUGAACUUGAGCAAGCGGUCUUCGAGAGAAUGGUUUACAAGAAUAAGAACCAGCAUCGGAGAUGUUCCUAUUUUCACUACCUUCUCAAGGUGAGGAGGGAUUUGAGGCUUUUGCGAACAGCAAACAUGGGGGAGAUUCUGAGACCAUGCUUUCAUGUUAUUUCUGGGACAGGAACUAAACAGAAACUUCAUGUUCUGGAGAGCCUGAAUAUCUUGGACCGACUUCGUGGAGCUCUUCAUCUACUCUCACAGAUGACUGAACCCAUCUUGAAGGCAGCUAGUGGGAUAUCCAUUCUACUAGCUUGUUCAUUUUUCAUAGGAUCCUCUGUGACAUUCUUGGCGCUGCUUGCACGUCUCCGAGUAUUGAUUCAACAAAUAUUACUUGAUGCCGUUUCAGUUUUCAGUGCGGUAAAAAACUCUACAUCCUUAGAGAAACAGUCUGCACAUGAUGGGGUUGAUGAGGUAUUCCGUGAGUUUUAUCCAAAGGAUGAAGAGUGCACCAUCAUAUUGGAUUGUGUAUGGAAGACCGAUAAAUAUGUCGUGUUCGAGACAAUUCAGAACCGUGAGAGUAGUAAACCUAUAGAUGACAAAGUUUCAGAAGAUGCUACUACUACUAGGGAUUCUUUGGUACAGUAUCAGACAUCUGUUUCUCCUCUCGGCGGUAAGAAUCUACUACCAGCUCUGAGCAGUUCCUCGAACUUAGGCUUGUCACCUUCUGUGGCGGCUAACAUCCAAUAGAAUAUCGAGUGGGUGAAUGUUUAGGUUAAGCAGUGCCUUCCAUCUUUGAAUAGGUACCUUCUACCGCAAGCAUCCCCAUGUAACCGAAAUACCGCAAACAAAAGAAAAACACCAAUAACAUGAUAUACAUUUUAUAUAUACACAUCAGUUUCUUGAUUAGACAAGAAGACAAAACCUGUUCAACGUCGUCUUUGUCGAAGUCAUCACGAGACUGACUGCCGUAGAUUCCAGGCACUUUCAGCAUCGACGCCGUUCUUGCCGAACUUGAACCAGCAAGUGGUUUUUGACCCGUUGGAGGGUCCGAGUCUGGCGGGUCGGAGACGAAGGUUUAAGUUUGGUGCCCCAAGAAACCGAGAGGAUAGCAGCGUCCGUUAGAAAAAUGGUUGAUAAAUUUGGUGGAGACAACUAAAGUUGUGCAUGAGAAUGAGAUAGAAGAGGAAGCCGUUGAUCUUCUGCCUUCUUAAUGCUUCCAACUGAAGCAAGCAGAUUUAGUAGUUUUAUUAUCCACUCUUUUUAUUUUAUUUUUUAAGAGUAUCUUUUUUUAACUGUCUAACAAAAUAAACCUAUCACAUAUAAUAAAAGUAUAAUAGUAAUUUUA